AUGUGUCUUUUUGUACAUAUGCAUUGUUUUAUUUUUGGAAAUCCUCGGAAUAACACAUAUAAGGUUGUUGGGCCCUACAUAGGCGGAAUGAGAGAUGCUAUGGCUAUCUUCAGAAAGGGUAAGAAGGUAUAUUCCAUUGGGCCAUUUGAUCCGCUAAUCUUGGAUGCUGUGAAAGGGUUGGAAGAGAUGGCCAGAAAUGCUUACGGAGACGAGCUUCUAUACAUUGAAGUGAAUGGAUGGAUGAUCAGUUCUCUUUCUGGAAUUGACGACGUCUUUAUUAUUCUGAUAAGCAAGAGAAUAGAGAUGGAAAAGUUGAAGCAUGCAUAUGAGUCAUACCGUGUGUGUGUAGCUUAUGAAAAUAUCAAACUAAUGGAUGUUCUUUUAAGUAUGUAUAGCACAAAAAAUGCUGAUAGGAAAUAG